AUGCUUCCUCUCUUCUUCAAAGUACUUCCUCUCUUGAUCAAGAUGCUUCCUCUCUUCUUCAAAGUACUUCCUCUCAUUCAUCAAGAUGGCUUCCUCUUCUUCAAAGUUACUUCCUCUCUUCAUCAAGAUGGCCUUCCUCUCUUGAUCAAGGUGCUUCCUCUCUUCAUCAAGAUGCUUCCUCUCUUACAACAAAGUACUUCCUCUCUUCAUCAAGAUGCUUCCUCUUUCAUCAAGAUUGCUCCUGCUCUUCACUCAUCUUUCUCAAUGCUUCUCUUCUUCAAAGUACGUCCUCUCUUCAUCAAGAUGCUUCCUCUCUUCUUCAAAGUACUUCCUCUCUUGAUUCAAGAUGCUUCCUCUCUUCUUCCAAGAAUGCUUCCUCUCUUGAUCAAAGGUGCUUCCCUCUUCAUCAAGGAUGCGUUCCUCUCUUCUUUCAAGUACUCUCUAUCUUGA